AUGGUCAGUCAACCGGGCGACUACGCCGCAGUGCGUAAGGACAUAGCUGCUCAGCUGGAGAAGCCUGGUUAUGACGAUGGUAGCGCAGGACCUGUGUUUGUUCGUUUAGCGUGGCACUCAGCGGGCACGUACGAUGCAGAAACAGACACGGGCGGAUCAAACGGAGCCGGUAUGCGAUACGAAGCAGAGGGCGGCGACCCAGCGAAUGCAGGACUUCAAAUUGCGCGCGCAUUUCUCGAACCGGUGAAGGAACGACACCCGUGGAUUACAUAUGCUGAUCUCUGGACGCUGGCUGGUGUCGUGGCUCUGAAGGAGUUGGGUGGUCCGGAUGUGAAGUGGUUGCCUGGACGGACGGAUUAUGUUGAUGACAGCAAGCUUCCUCCACGUGGUCGUUUACCAGAUGCAGCUCAGGGAGCCGAUCAUUUGCGUCACAUCUUCUAUCGCAUGGGUUUCAACGAUCAGGAAAUUGUCGCGCUAGCGGGCGCACACAACCUAGGACGGGGCCAUAUUGAUCGAAGCGGGUUUGAGGGUCCUUGGGUGAACAACCCCACUCGAUUCUCGAACCAGUUCUUCAGGUUGUUAUUGAAUCUCGAUUGGAAACCGCGAACGCUAUCAAAUGGAGUCAAGCAGUUCAGUUAUAGCGAUCCCGACGCACCUGAAGACGAGAAGGAGGAGCCGUUAAUGAUGCUACCCACCGACAUGGCGUUGAUCUCGGACCCAGGGUUUCGACCAUGGGUUCAGAAGUAUGCGGAUGAUAAGGAAGUCUUCUUCCAACACUUCGCUGACGUGUUUGCGAAAUUACUCGAGCUUGGAAUCAAGCGCGACGAGAAUGGUAAUGUGACGAACACCGACAAUGUCCUUGGAGGCUAUGUUUCUGCGCCCAAGAAGAGUUCAGCACCUACAGGACCUCUCAAGUCAGAGGAACAGAGGCAGCAAGUCGUAGCCAAGGCGAAGUUGUAG